UAUUAUAAAAGGUGGAAAAAACAACAAAGUCAGACAACCGAACACAACACAGCACAAACACAAACACAAAAAUCUGAAGUGCUCAACCACAUCAACAAAGUCCAUCAAAUCGGCCAAAAACAUCACCAUAAAAUACGGACCAAGCUACUCAAACUGAGUUUCUUGACCCACUCUUGUCUCUGUUUCAUCCCCUUCCACUCCCACUUUCACUCUUUCCCAACUUUUCAAUUUUGGGCCUUCAUUCCUAUUUUCUCUUUCUCUCCUCAACUUCUUAUUCAGUUCCCUUUUUCUUCAAGAUCUGAUUCAUUGCAGUAUGAGCGACGGCGGUGGAAAGUCUGUGAAUCUCCACACCCAGUAACGGUUUUGCGCGGCAUGAAGCAGAUGGAGAAGUGGGGUUCUCUUUGAGAGAGUUUACGAGGUGAGGGCACGAUAAAGAUUCAAUUUUUAGGGGUGGUGGGGGCUGUUUUUGCAUGCGGGAAUGGAAACGAGGAUGAAGAAGUACAACCGACAAGUGAGUCCGGAGAGGGCAAAAGUGUGGACUGAGAAGUCCCCAAAAUACCACCAGAGUUUGAAGGUGCCCGUGAUUUACUAUCUUUGUCGAAACAGGCAGCUCGAGCACCCUCAUUUCAUGGAGGUCCCUCUUUCUUCACCGGACGGGCUAUACCUGAGAGACGUGAUUGAUAGACUUAAUGCGUUGAGAGGUAGAGGUAUGGCUUCCUUGUACUCAUGGUCUUGCAAGAGAAGCUACAAGCAUGGAUUUGUGUGGCAUGAUCUAUGUGAAGAUGAUAUAAUUCUUCCAGCUCAUGGAAAUGAAUAUGUUCUAAAAGGUUCUGAGCUCUUUGAUGAAUCAAAUUCAGAUCGUUUCAGUCCCGUCAAUAAUGUUCAAAUACAAAGCGUGAAGCUGUUGCCGGGGCCAACUUCUUCUAGGAGCCAUGAUGAAGCCUCAUCCUCUUCGAGCAUGAACGGGAAAGAGACAAGAAUCUCCCAAGACGACGAGCUUUCCCAAGAACAACAAUCUGGUUCCUCUGAUGUUUCUCCAGAGGCUAGAGCUGAAAAGGGUGAUGCUCUAAGCCUGGCAUUGACAGAAUACAAAAUUUAUAAAACUGAAGGACUUGCUGAUGCUUCAACUCAGACUGAAGAAAGAUUCAGCAGAUCCAGGUGUCAGAAAACUUGUACUAGGGGUGUAUCAACGGAGGAUGGAUCAUUGGAAUCUGAAUGCCAUGAAAUAUGUCAAGUUGAAGAAGAUCCACAAGUGAAAGAUACUCCACAAAUCUGCAGGGAUACCGUUUCUCCUCCCUCAACUUCAAGUUCCUCGUCUUUUGUGGGGAAGGCUGAAACUUUGGAAUCUCUGAUUAGAGCUGAUGCUAGUAAAGUAAACAGCUUUAGGAUUCUGGAGGAGGAGAGCAUUCGGGAACCGACCAACACGAGGUUGAAAGCUUCAAAUUUGCUAAUGCAACUGAUAUCGUGUGGCUCAAUAUCAGUGAAAAACCACAGUUUUGGACUUAUUCCUUCAUACAAGCCCAGGUUUUCCAGCUCAAAAUUUCCUUCCCCACUGUUCUCAACUUCUUUUGUGUUGGGGGAGUUAGAUUGCUUAGCUGAGAAUCCAAAGUUGAUGAGUCUCAGAUUAGAAGACAAAGAAUACUUUAGUGGAAGCUUAGUUGAGACUAAACUGAAGGAAGGAAAUGGACUUAAUGUUCUGAAACGCUCUUCUUCCUACAGCGAUGAGAGGACAUUUAAAGAACAGAAACCACAAGAAGACAAAGAGGAAUCAUCAUCCUCAGGACAUUCAAAAUGCAUUCCACGGUCAAUUAAGGCUUCAUUGUCCAAGCAUCCCCGAAGUGAAUCCAUGAGAUCCCCUGUUUCUGAUGGACCACGCCACUCAUCAGACAGAAUUGAUGGCUCUGGCAUAUCCUCAGUGACAUCUAAUGGUAGCAGCAAAAGAAUCACAGAACCUCUUUCAGGGAAAAAACAAUCAAAGAGGAUAGAUUCAUUUAAGGAAGAGGAGGAAGUGAUCAAAAUUGAAGAAAGCUUGCUUCAGGAGCUCGGGUUAUAAUCCAAUCCAAACCAUUUUCAGACACAGCAUCUAGCAGCAGUUGAAAAAUUGAAGUUUCAGAACCUAGACAACAGAAAAAACUGCUUUAGUUUGAAUUCAACAUGGUUUUGUAUAUAUAUCUUGGUGGGUCCACGUGACAUUUUCCUAAGCUUACAAGUAAAAUUAUUUUGACAAUUGACUCAAUGCAAAUGGAGCAGGUGUGGUCCCAGUGGUCCAUUACCUUCAAUAUCUUUUGUGCUGGAUAGAGAAGGACUACCAUUCUGAUUUGAAGUGAUUGCACAUUCUGCUGUAACUCCUGAUACAAUAUCUUCCUUUUGCACCCUUCCUUUUCCUUGCUUCAAAUUAUUGAUUACUGCAUACUACCUAGCUUUCACCUUCAAGGGCAACAGGUGCAGAAAAAAAAAUUAGUGCAGGUCGUUUUCAAAACCCUUCUCUUGGCAUUGGAGCUGAUGUCAAUUGUCAAGAAUGUGACUUGAUUUUGACAUUGGAUGCCUUCUACUUAACAUCAAAAUGUAACAUAUCCUAGAUGACCAGAUUUAAUUCUCAAAGCUAGAAAAAGUUGGUGAAAAGCUAAUUUUAUGAACCCUUUUAAAAGGGGUGCUUCAAGUCAUGAAUUUUAAAAGCUGGGUUGAUUUUAAUGAUUA